AUGGCGUCGCUGCUGGGAGCUUACCCGUGGCCCGAGGGGCUCGAGUGCCCGGCCCUGGAAGCCGAGCUGUCGGACGGGCUGUCGCCGCCGGCCGCCCCCCGCCCGCCAGGGGACAAGGGCACGGAGAGCCGUAUCCGGCGGCCCAUGAACGCCUUCAUGGUGUGGGCCAAGGACGAGAGGAAACGUCUGGCGGUGCAGAACCCGGACCUGCACAACGCGGAGCUCAGCAAGAUGCUGGGAAAGUCGUGGAAGGCGCUGACACUGUCCCAGAAGAGGCCCUACGUGGACGAGGCGGAGCGGCUGCGCCUGCAGCACAUGCAGGACUAUCCCAACUACAAGUACCGGCCGCGCAGGAAGAAGCAGGCCAAGCGCCUGUGCAAGCGCGUGGACCCCGGCUUCCUGCUCAGCUCGCUCUCCCGCGACCAGAACGCCCUGCCCGAGAAGCGGGGCGGCGGCCGGGGGGCGCCGGGGGAGAAGGAGGACAGGGGUGAGUACUCCCCGGGCUCCGCGCUGCCCGGCCUGCGGGGCUGCUUCCACGAGGGCCCGGCCGGCGGCGGCGGCGGCGGCGGCACCCCGGGCAGCGUGGACGCCUAUCCCUACGGGCUGCCCACCCCGCCGGAGAUGUCGCCCCUGGACGUGCUGGAGCCGGAGCAGAGCUUCUUCUCCUCCCCCUGCCAGGAGGAGCAUGCGCAUUCCCGCCGCAUCCCCCAUCUGCCCGGGCCCCCCUACUCUCCGGAGUACGCCCCCAGCCCUCUCCACUGCGGCCAUCCCCUGGGCUCCCUGGCCCUCGGCCAGUCCUCGGGCGUCUCUAUGAUGUCCACCGUGCCCGGCUGCCCCCCAUCUCCUGCCUAUUACUCCCCAGCCGCCUACCCUCCUCUCCACUCCAACCUCCACGCCCACCUGGGCCAGCUCUCCCCGCCUCCCGAGCACCCCGGCUUCGACGCCCUGGAUCAGCUGAGCCAGGUGGAACUCCUGGGGGACAUGGAUCGCAAUGAGUUCGACCAGUACUUGAACACUCCCGGCCACCCAGACUCUGCCGCCGGGGCCGGGGCCCUCAGCGGGCAGGGCCCGGUCUCGCAGGUGACACCGACGGGCCCCACGGAGACCAGCCUCAUCUCCGUGCUGGCUGAUGCCACGGCCACGUAUUACAACAGCUACAGCGUGUCAUAG